UCUGGCUGUGCUAUACUGGACCACAGAUUGUCCGUUUUCUGCCAGUAGGUUUCGCUAGUAAGUACUUUGCCAUCAGGUUGUGAAACGGCUGCCGGGACUUUGACAGACCUAUGGUGACGGUGACUCAACCUGCAAUGGACAUGCCGAGCUUGUCAUGCCAGGAAGAAAGACAGCGGGGAUUUUGCGCAAGACUGCUGACAGUCUACCCUAAACGCAGUCCCAACUCCGACACACUCCGUCCCCACCCUCGUGUCCUGCACGUCCGCCGCCCUGCACAGCUCAUUCCCUCGACGGCCGCGAGCAACGUGCAUGGCCCUCGACGUCCUGCGUCGCAGGCAGAACCGCAUACCUACAAGGCGCGUAAGCACUUCACUAUUAUUCCCCGCCAUCCUCGACCUCCGACGCGCCGUCCACCCUCUCUGAUGCUACCGAGCCUGUCGCUCCCCGGUCACUUGACCGGUGGCCUGCAGUGCUCGCGGCAGCAGCCCAACGUGGACGGCGUGUCGCAAUGCGCUGCGUCCACGCUAGUGCGCGUCACACGAGUUGUUGGCUGGUCCACAUCUCUCGCAAAACCCGUCGGCCCUCGCUGGACGGCAACGACGUCUCCUGCAUGCAGACACCGUCGUGUGCUGGAUAGCCAACGUCGUCUCUGCUUCAACGUUCUACACAUGGGUCACAUAUUCUCAUUCGUUUACAUUCGCUCACUCACAUUGCCCAGCGCGAUGCCGACGCUAGGCAACCACUUGCGAACCUCGCCCCGGAUUCGCCCUCGAUCAGCGUGUCGCGCUCAUUUGCUCGCCCAGUCGCCAUCGCCAGCACUCUCGCUCCCUGCCCGCACUCUCGCUCGCUCAGCUGCUCGCCCCGUUCGCCUGCUUACGUCAUCCACCCACCCACUCGCUCGCGCCCAGCUGUCCGCCAGCCGGUGACACCUGCCGGUGCGCACAUCCUUCCAUGUACUUCAGAGGCUGUCUCUCGCUCGCGCUUUCUCUCGCGCUCGGCGGCGCUCGCACCCACUCGCCCGCUCGGCUGCCCACCUAUUCGGCGGAAACAGCCUCCGAGUCGCUGGCGACUUCAAGCACCGUGACGGCACCCAUGGCUGCACUUGGGCCU